GUUUGUUUACGUUUCCUUUUUGUCAUGCUCUGGCCUCUGAUCCUCCUCCUGUGAACAUUGAACCAACUCUCUUUGGGGCCUCACCAGCACGGCAAGCGAAUCACUGCCCGGUGGUGAUUUGCUUGUUUCAACAUCAAGUUAGAAGAACACUAAGGGAAUCGAUUAGUUAAAGAGCAAUGGCAGUAGCUAAUCGCACUUCUGUUUUGUUCUUCUUAUCCUUGGUAGCCGUGAUCCCAGUUUUGCAGGCUAAUAUAGGUGAAUUCGAUGCAUAUUGGCAGCAGAAGGCCAAGGAGGCCGAAAAAACCGCCUUUAAGGCGUAUAAUUCUCAUCCUGAGGUGAUCACCGAUAGUCUCGCCAAGCAAGUUGAUGCGACUUUGGUGGGUACAAAUGCCACGAGGAGGAACCUUAGAAAGUACAACGGCCCAUGCUUGGCCACGAACCCCAUAGAUCGAUGCUGGAGGUGUCGUCCUGACUGGAUGAGCGACAGGAAGAGGCUAGCAGACUGUGCCCAGGGUUUCGGCCACAAGGCCAUCGGUGGGAAGGAGGGGAAAUUCUACGUAGUAACCGAUCCCUCAGACAAUGACAUGGCUAAUCCCAAGCCCGGAACCCUUCGCCAUGCUGUGAUCCAAGAGGAGCCGUUGUGGAUCAUCUUCGCCAAGUCUAUGGUAAUUAGGCUCAACCAGGAGCUCAUAAUGACUAGUAACAAGACCAUUGAUGCUAGGGGAACACAUGUCCUAAUUGCCAAUGGCGCGGGCAUUACUAUCCAGUUCAUCCAGAAUGUCAUCAUCCACGGCCUCCACAUUCACAACAUUGUCCCGGGCAGUGGUGGCAUGAUUAGGGAUUCGGUGAAUCAUAUUGGUUUUAGAACAAGGAGCGAUGGCGACGGGAUUUCCAUCUUCAGUGCAGCCAAUAUUUGGAUUGAUCAUGUUUCCAUGUCAAAUUGCUCAGAUGGUAUCAUUGAUGCUAUCAUGGGAUCAACCGGCAUCACCAUCUCCAACAGCCAUUUCACUAAUCAUAAUGAGGUGAUGUUGUUUGGAGCAAACGAUGCCCACGUUGUAGACAAGAUAAUGCAGAUAACAGUGGCGUUUAACCACUUUGGACAAGGGCUGGAGCAGAGGAUGCCAAGGUGCCGAUGGGGUUUCAUCCACGUUUUGAACAACGACUACACUCACUGGCUCAUGUACGCCAUCGGCGGUAGCAGCCAACCCACCAUCAUCAGCCAGGGCAACCGCUUCAUCGCCCCUCUCGACCCCUAUGCUAAGCAGGUCACACAUAGAGACUAUGCUACAGAGGACACAUGGAGCAAAUGGCAAUGGAGAUCAGAGGGAGAUGUGAUGAUGAAUGGGGCUUUCUUUGUUGAAUCAGGGGAACCCAAAAUAGAAAAGUACCCAUUCUCGAGGCUAGAGAUGAUCCAAGCAAAGCCGGGGAGCUAUGUGACCAGGCUCACCAGAUUUGCUGGCGCACUUGACUGCAAACCAAACCAACCCUGUUGAUUCGAUUGAGUUUUCCUUUGGUUAUUUGUGUUUAUUUUUUAUUUUUGGUUUUUUUUGGGUUCGUGAAACCGAAAAUUUCCAUCACUGCAGUGGGUGCAUCCAACUUUGAGGAAAGAAGUUGGAGAAACAACUUGUAAUUUUUGUUGUUUUAUUUCUCCAAUUUUUUGUCUUUUUCUUUUUCAA